UCAUAUCCAUUGUUAGCGUUGACACUCCACAUUUCUUUUCUGCUGCGCCUGUCUCCAAAAUAUUAAUCCGUCUCCAAAAUAUUAAUCCGUCACCAAACUCCUCUUGCAUCUCAAUACCCAUUACAAUCUUCAAAUAUCCCAUCUUGUGGUUUUUGUGUUUCUGAGUUUACUUUAGCACCAUGGGUUCUUCCAUCUGUGGUGUCUCUCCCUCCCAGAUUUUCCUUUUCCUUCUCUUCUCCUACGUUUCAGUCGCCACAGCUGCAUUGCGUCAAAACCCAUCUGGGAAGUCUUUUGGUUUAUCGGCUUCUGGUCAGAUUAACUCCAACUCAGUCCUCGUUGCACUUCUCGACUCGCAUUACACUGAGUUGGCUGAGCUCGUUGAGAAAGCUUUACUUCUCCAGACACUUGAAGAAGCCGUUGGCAAGCACAAUAUUACCAUUUUUGCUCCUCGUAAUGAAGCCUUGGAGCGUCAACUCGACCCCGAGUUCAAGCGCUUCUUGCUCCAACCUGGAAACCUCAAGUCCCUGCAAAACCUUCUCAUGUUUCACAUUAUCCCCAAACGGGUCGGAUCCCAACAAUGGCCCGAUCCCAAAACCGGACCUGUCAAACACAGCACCCUUUGCAACGACCAUGUACACUUAUCAUCCAAAUCCACCGGCGGAAAAACUGUUGACUCAGCCGAGUUGAUCCGACCCGACGACGUGAUCCGACCCGACGGAGUCAUCCACGGGAUCCACCAGCUUCUCGUUCCCCGUUCCGUCAUAGAAGAUUUCAACAAGAGACGUAAUCUCCAGUCAAUCACCGCUGUAUUACCCGAGGGUGCGCCGGAAGUAGAUCCUCGCACCCACAGGCUGAAGAAACCAGCCCCGGUGCCAGUUGGAGCAUCGCCAGUACUUCCAAUCUACGACGCGAUGGCUCCAGGUCCUUCUCUGGCACCGGCACCAGCUCCUGGACCCGGCGGAGCUCGUCAUCAUAUUGACGGCGAGAGCCAGGUCAAGGAUUUCAUCCAAACUUUAUUGCAUUACGGCGGGUACAACGAAAUGGCUGAUAUUCUAGUAAACUUGACGUCUUUAGCGACGGAGAUGGGGAGAUUAGUUUCAGAAGGAUAUGUUAUAACAGUAUUGGCUCCCAACGACGAAGCCAUGUCAAAGCUUACUACGGACCAGUUAAGCGAGCCUGGGGCGCCAGAGCAAAUCAUAUAUUAUCAUAUCAUCCCCGAGUAUCAGACGGAGGAGAGUAUGUACAAUGCAGUUAGGAGGUUCGGGAAAGUGAAAUAUGACACGCUGCGGCUGCCGCAUAAGGUAGUGGCUCAGGAGGCUGAUGGUUCGGUGAAAUUCGGGCAUGGCGAGGGAUCUGCUUAUUUGUUCGACCCUGAUAUUUAUACGGAUGGGAGGAUUUCGGUUCAGGGGAUCGAUGGGGUUUUGUUCCCGGAAGAAGAAACCGAAAUUGUUAAGAAACCAGCAGCUGUUAAGGUUGCCGCCAAGCCCAGGAGAGGGAAGUUAUUGGAAAUCGGAUGCUGGAUGCUUGGCACUCUACGGUUUCGAUCGUGUCAAUAAAUAUGUAUGAAAUUGUAGUGUUGAGUUGGAACAAAAAAGAUGGUAGGAAAGGAAAGCAAGCGAAACAGAGGUGAACAACACUUCCUCCGGCUAAAAGACGCGUUGUCAUUUGCAGUUGUAAGGAUAGGUUUUUUGGAAGGGCCUGGUGAAUGCUUGUUGGAUGAACCCAAAAAAAAAAUCCCUAGAAAAUAGAAAGUUUGGUGUUAUUUUGUUAUAAAUACUGUAAUUACAUACCAUUUUUUAAUU